AUUGUGAACCGUCAAAAGCUUCUUACCAAUGAAAUAUAUUGUGUUUUUACUGAUAUAAUCAUGACCAUAUCACUAACUCCCAUGUGAGAUUAGAUAGCUUUGCCAACAAUCCUUCUCUCGAGCCUCGUCCAAAGUACCCUUCAUCCUCUCCUCUAGUAGUCAGUAGUCAUUUUCUUUCUCCAAGUUCUUAUUCAAAUCAAUUCCUUUUACUGGAGCACACUACCAAUUGAAUUGUUUUCAACCACAAAUCACAUUAUAACUACAUUAUUUGAUGUUCAUUUCCCCUUGAAGAUUCUAUCGACACGAUUGUGUUCGUUGAUACGGAAUAUAUACAACAAUUCCUCGAUAUGUGUUUACAGUUGUAUGGAGUUUGGAACUAAAUCAUGAGGUGUAGUAUAUUUGGUUGCAUUCACAAUAGAAACUUUUAAGCAAAAUUGGAAAAGCUACGAGAAGAUUCGAACUUAGUGACCUAGUAAUUAGAGUAUAAUAUGUGCUCGAGACAGCGAUGUGUUUUUGAAAAUUAGUUGGCCGUUACAAUUUCUCCAAUUAACGCCAUAAUUCUGUUUCACAUGCUCAAAUCCAAAUGCCAGCACAUCUUCAUCAACCACGGAAAGCUUCGAUUUUCCUCGGCUUCUCUUUCCUGGCAAUUUGACGUGAAUUGCAAUUCCAAUGAACCAACCCCAUGUACCCAAGAAUCUGAAUCUUCUCACGUUCUCCAUUAUGACCCAAAACGCUUUAGAAAUUCUUUGUUGAGUUGCAGAAAUCUCUUUCAAGUUAGGCAGGUUCAUGCUCAGAUUGCUACCAAUGGCGCAUUCAGAAACCUCGCCGUUGCUAAUAAACUUCUUUUCUUGUAUGUCGAACGUGGUGCCUUGGAGGAUGCUCAGGAACUGUUCGAUGGAAUGUCUAAGAGAGACCCUUAUAGCUGGAGUAUAAUAGUUGGUGGGUAUGCCAAAGUAGGAGAUUUUUUUUCUUGCUUUUGGAUGUUUAGGGAGCUUCUUCGUUGUGGGACGCCGUUAGAUGACUAUAAUGCGCCAAUUGUUAUAAGGGCUUGCAGGGAUUUGAAGGACCUGAAAUGCGGUAGGCUUAUUCACUGUAUCACUUUGAAAUGUGGGUUGGAUUAUGGUCAGUUUGUUUGUGCGUCCCUUGUUGAUAUGUAUGCUAGAUGUAAAGUGAUCGAGGAUGCCCGCCAAAUUUUUGUUAAAAUGUGGAAGAGAGACCUUGCGACAUGGACGGUGAUGAUUGGCGCCUUGGCUGAAUCCGGAGUUCCUGUUGAGUCAUUGGCUUUCUUUGAUAGGAUGAGGGAUGAAGGUAUUGUCCCCGAUAAGGUGGCGUUGGUAACUGUUGUUUAUGCUUGUGCAAAGUUGGGGGCCAUGAAUAAGGCGAAGGCAAUUCAUGCCUAUAUUAAUGGAACCGGAUAUUCUUUGGAUGUAAUUUUAGGAACAGCAAUGAUCGAUAUGUAUGCGAAAUGUGGGAGUGUCGAUUCUGCGAGGUGGAUUUUUGAUCGGAUGCAAGUGAGGAACGUGAUUACAUGGAGUGCCAUGAUUGCAGCCUAUGGAUAUCAUGGACAAGGUGAGAAAGCGCUCGAGUUAUUCCCAAUGAUGUUAGGCUGCGGAAUAUUGCCAAAUAGGAUCACCUUUGUCUCAUUGUUGUAUGCUUGUAGUCAUGCCGGUCUUAUUGAAGAGGGCCAGAGAUUUUUUUCCUCAAUGUGGGACGAGUAUGGUGUAACACCGGAUGUUAAACACUAUACGUGUAUGGUUGAUCUCUUAGGUCGAGCAGGGAGGUUGGAUGAGGCCUUGGAAAUGAUAGAAGGCAUGACAGUUGAGAAAGAUGAGGCACUAUGGGGAGCAUUGCUGGGGGCAUGUCGGAUUCACCGACGUUUAGAUUUGGCCGAGAGGGUGGCAACAUCUCUUCAUAAGCUACAGUCACAGAACCCAGGGCAUUACGUUUUGCUUUCGAAUAUAUAUGCAAAUGCUGGCAAGUGGGACGAUAUGGCAAAAAUAAGAGAUCUGAUGACUAAGAGUGGCCUAAGGAAGAUUCCUGGAUGGACAUGGAUUGAGGUGAACGAAAAACUAUAUCAAUUCGGUGUUGGAGAUAAAACGCAUCCCAGGUCAAGUGAGAUAUACAAGAUGCUGAAACGAAUAGGUGAGAAGCUCGAGUUGGCUGGCUAUCUCCCAGACACAAAUUAUGCACUGCAUGAUGUUGAUGAGGAGGUAAAGCAAGGACUUCUUUAUGCACACAGUGAAAAGUUGGCAAUUGCAUUUGGGUUAUUAGUCAUAUCUCAAGGCUAUCCUAUAAGGAUUACAAAGAAUCUUAGAGUUUGUGGUGACUGCCAUACAUUUUGCAAGUUUGUAUCAUUUAUUGAACAGAGAACAAUCAUAGUACGCGAUGCCAAACGUUUUCACCACUUCAAGGAAGGGGUUUGCUCAUGCAGAGACUACUGGUAAUUUUGUUGCUCAGGGAAGGGGUUUGCUUCUACCUCUUGUUUGUAAUACAGUUGCUCGAAAAAGAAAAUGAUUAUAAAUCUAGUUACAAUCUAA